AUAACCCUACUAAUAUUUUGUAAAUAUCUUAUAUCCGCAGAGGGAGAGAGUUUAUAUUUAAAUUUUUAAAUUAUAAAUUGUCAUUAAGUUCUAAUUGUGUUAUUAUUAUAAAAUAUUUAAUCUUUUACAUUUUAGAAGUGCACUAUUGAUUAAGUUAAAUAGUACAUAUUGAAGAGAAUGGAAUUUAUUAAAACUCCUAAGAUUGAAAAUGUGCAGAUGUUGGACCGUUAUUCAAAAACCCCUAGUAAAGGAACACUCUACCUUACAGCCACACAUUUAAUAUUUGUGGAUCCUGAUGCAAAAAAAGAGACUUGGAUUUUGCACAUGCACAUUGCCAGUUUAGAGCGUCAACCUUUGACUACAACAGGAUCUCCCCUUUUAAUAAGAUGUAAAACAUUUUUGUCGGUUACAUUUGUUAUUCCUAGAGAAAGAGAUUGUCAUGAAAUGCAUGUUACUUUACAAAGAUUGUCACAACCUGUUAGUAUUGAGGAUUUGUAUUGUUUUCAUUACACAUCAGGAAAUGAUAUUAUAAUGAGAAACGGCAAUAUAGACUCUUUUUCACUUGAAAAGGAGUAUCGACGCAUGGGAGUUCCAAACAAUUACUGGGCACUUACAAAUUUAAAUAAAAAUUAUGAGCUUUGUGAAACAUAUCCUACAAAGAUAUGUGUACCAGUAUCAGCCGCAUCCAAUAUACUUAUUGGGAGUGCUAAAUUUCGUUCAAAAGGUCGUUUACCGGUUUUAACAUACUUGCAUAAAAAUGGGGCAAGUAUCAACAGAUGUAGCCAGCCGCUGUCAGGCUUUAAUGCAAGAUGCAUUGAGGAUGAAAGUUUACUAAAUCAUAUUCUCACUACCAAUCCUGCAUCUCCUUUUAUGUUUGUGGUUGAUACACGACCCAAGAUUAAUGCUAUGGCAAAUAGGGCUGCUGGUAAAGGAUAUGAAAAUAAGGCUUUUUAUGAGAACAUUAAAUUCCAGUUUUUGGGGAUUGAAAAUAUACAUGUGAUGAGAAACAGCUUAUCAAAAAUUAUAGAAACAUGUGAACAAAAGAACUCUUCCAUGAAUAGUUUUUUGAGUGGAUUAGAGUCUAGUGGUUGGCUACGGCAUAUAAAGGCGAUUCUAGAUACAGGACGUUUUAUUGCACAAGCCGUAGAAGAUGGUGUUAAUGUUGUGGUACAUUGUUCAGAUGGUUGGGACCGUACAGCACAAGUUUGUUCCACGGCAGCCGUUCUACUCGAUCCAUAUUAUCGCACAAUUGAAGGAUUUCAAGCGCUUAUUGAAAAAGAUUGGCUAGCAUUUGGACAUAAAUUUACAGACAGAUGUGGUUACAUACAAGGAGAGAAUAAAGAAAUUUCUCCCAUUUUUACACAAUAUUUAGAUACGACGUGGCAACUGAUGGUUCAGUAUCCUUCAGAUUUUCAGUUUAAUGAGAGAUUUUUGCUCACAUUACAUGAUCACGUUAUGUCUUGCCAAUUUGGAACAUUUAUUGGAAAUUCAGAGAAGGAGCGUCAGGAAUUAAAGUUGAAAGAGAGAACAUUUUCGUUGUGGAAUUACAUGAAUCAUCAGAUAAACGAAUUUAUUAACCCACUGUUUUGCAGAGAAAACACGACUGAUAUUUUAAAGCCUAAUUUAUGUCCCCAAAAUAUAAGAUUUUGGAGAAGUAUGUAUUGUCGAUUCGAAAAUGGGGUGCACCCCAGAGAGCCUUUAGGUGACCUUCUUUUAGCUACUGUUGAUCACAGUAACUCUUUAAAAGAUCACAUAAAAUAUUUAAAUAAGAAAAUCGUAAAUGCUAAAAACUUCAUAAUGGAAAAUUCGAAACGAUUGGGAAAACCAUUAUCAAAAUCUGUUAAUAAAACCGCAACGAUUGACGUCUCUGACAACAAAUAUAUUUACGAUAUUAAACAAAUAAAUUCAUCUGAAGAUUCUUAUCUUUGGAAAAAGACUGCCGAAGGGAUUAGCCCUUGUGAAGAAGCCCAUUCUAAAGUAGAAGAAUUGACAAAAAAUUUAGAUUCUGUGGCUCUUGAUUGGAAAACUCUAAGGAAUAUUAAAGAAUGUGGAUGUUCAACGCCAUUUGAUCAUUUUAGUAGAAAGAAUCAUUGUAGAAAGUGUGGAGAAGUAUUUUGCGUUAGAUGUAUUGACAAACAAGUAAUUCUUCCCGGCCAUUUAACAGAAAAAGCUGUACCUGUCUGCAGGCCGUGCUAUGACGUUGUACAAGAUACUUCAGAAACAUAGGAAUUUUUAGGAUU